AUGUCUCUUAGCACGUCUGCAGCGCUUGUGAGAACGACACUCAGCACACCAUCUCGCUUGAACAGUCGUCUCCAUCUCCGCAGCAGCAGCAGCGUCUUUCCCAACAGAGCGACCGCGACGCUCUUACAUCACGUCCUGCGGCCUUUGCCUGCCUUGUCGAGACAUACAUCCUUGUGCUCUUGCACAUCGCGCUACCAUUCAGCGUCUGCAUCGCGCCUUCCCUUCGCGUUCUUCAAAGCAUCGUCGACAGCAAGAGCGGCGCCGUCUGCAUUGACCACGGUUCAUUCCACGUUUCAGCAACACGCUCACUUCACACGGACCGCCUAUAAGAGCGACGCUAUGGAUCAUGCUGCCACCAAACGCAAGCAACCGCCAACUUCCAGCGCAUCGGAUCGCCCGUCGAAGCAAGUCCGCAGACCUUCACCAGCACCAAUGGAGAAUGGCACAAAGGCUGUGGGAAACGGAGUGCCCGCAUCCGCAGCAGACACACCAAACGGAUAUGGGUCGCCCAAGGCAGAUGAAGAGGGAGGUCUGGUACAUGCAGCCGCAGGUCCGGACACUGCAGAGUGGCAGGCGACGACGGAGAAGGUGGUCAGGAAUGUCGUGAGCAUUCACUUCUGCCAGACCUGCUCCUUCGACACGGACUCGGCCAUUUCAAGCGAGGCGACUGGAUUCGUGGUCGAUGCGGAAAGGGGAUACAUUCUCACAAACCGACAUGUCGUUGGCGCCGGGCCAUUUUGGGGAUACUGCAUCUUCGACAACCAUGAGGAGUGCGACGUCUACCCAGUCUACCGAGACCCUGUCCACGACUUUGGUAUCCUGCGAUUCGAUCCCAAGGCUGUCAAGUACAUGCAACUGAACUCGCUAGAGCUGCGACCAGAUCUUGCCAAGGUCGGCACCGAGAUUCGGGUUGUAGGUAACGAUGCAGGAGAGAAGCUGAGCAUCCUGUCUGGUGUCAUUUCACGGCUGGACAGGAACGCGCCUGAGUACGGUGAGGGAUAUAGCGACUUCAACACCAAUUACAUUCAGGCAGCGGCUGCGGCAUCCGGAGGCUCCUCAGGUUCGCCUGUUGUCAAUAUCGAUGGUUUCGCGGUAGCGUUACAAGCAGGAGGCCGAGCAGAUGGCGCGGCGACCGACUACUUCCUACCACUCGAUCGACCUCUCCGCGCGUUGCAACGGAUAAGAGAAGGGAAGCACGUGGACAGAGGGACGAUACAGACCCAGUGGAUACUGAAGCCAUUCGAUGAGUGUCGAAGACUUGGUCUCACCUCGAACUGGGAGGCAGAAGUACGAAAACAAUUCCCGAAAGAGACUGGCAUGCUCGUCGCGGAGGUCGUACUCCCGAAAGGACCAGGAGACAGCAAGCUCGAAGAAGGCGACGUGCUGGUCAAGGUCAACGGAGAGCUGUUGACGCAGUUCGUCCGGCUGGAUGACAUACUUGACAGCAGUGUCGAUGGCAAGGUGAAACUCCUCAUCCAGCGUGGUGGCGUGGACCAGGAGACUGAACUGAACGUCGAGGACCUUCACGCCAUUACACCCGACAGGUUCGUCUCUGUAGCAGGCGCAUCUUUCCACGAGCUGUCGUACCAGCAGGCCCGCCUAUACGCCAUUGCGCUCAAAGACCCUGGUGUCUACUGCUGCGAGGCAUCUGGAUCUUUCCGAUUUGAGGGCUCAGAGUAUGGCUGGCUCAUUCAGUCCAUCGACAACAAGCCUACACCAAACCUGACCACUUUCAUCGAGGUUAUGAAGAGCGUCGCGGAUCGCAGUAGGGUAGUGGUGACGUAUAAGCAUCUUAGGGACAUGCAUACGCUCAACACUAGCAUCAUGCUUGUCGAUCGUCACUGGAACAAAAGUAUGCGGCUGGUGGUGCGUAACGACACGACUGGGCUGUGGGACUUCUCGGACUUGGCGGAUCCUUUGCCUCCACAAGAGCCUGUUCCUAGGAAGGCCAACUUCAUCAAGAUGGAAGGUGCACAACAUCCGGCUGCUGUGGAGGUGAUUAGGUCCUUUGUUAGAGUCAGCACUAUGCUGCCGCUGAAACUCGACGGAUUCCCGAAGGCACGAAAGAUCGGCUUCGGUCUAGUCAUCGACGCUGAAAAGGGCCUGGUGGUUGUGUCUCGCGCAAUCGUACCCUACGAUAUGUGUGACAUCUCUAUCACCAUCGCUGACUCAAUCAUCGUGGAUGGCAAAGUCGUAUUCCUCCACCCUCUGCAGAACUACGCGAUCAUUCAGUACGAUCCUUCGUUGGUUCAAGCCCCGGUGAGAACAGCCAAGCUUGCAGAUAAGCCAAUCAAGCAGGGAGAGAACACAAUCUUCUUCGGUUUCAACCAAAAUCUCCGGCCUGUGGUUGCAAAGACUGCUGUCACAGACAUAACGACUGUUGCCAUUCCAGCGAGCGCAUCUACACCACGAUACCGUGCUGUCAACCUUGACGCCAUUACUGUCGACACCUCCUUGAGCGGUCAAUGCAGUAGUGGCGUACUAGUCGCCGAGGAUGGAACUGUCCAGGCACUGUGGCUGAACUACCUGGGAGAGCGGUCGGGACAUAGCGGUAAGGACGUUGAGUACCAUCUCGGUUUCGCCACGCCUGCGCUUCUGCCUGUGAUCGACGAAGUCAAGAGUGGCAGGAAGCCAAACCUCCGCAUCUUGAACCUCGAGACACAAACAGUACAAAUGUCACAAUGCCGAAUCAUGGGCGUAAGCGAGAAGUGGAUCGAACGCGUCGAGCGUGAUGACCCAGAACGCCAUCAGCUCUUUAUGGUCCGCAAGGUCGACGCCGGCAAUGUCAAUGGAUUACAAGAAGGCGACAUCAUCCUCACGCUCAACGACAAGCUGGUCACCAGGGUUAGCGACCUGGACAUCAUGUAUAACAACGAGACCCUGCGCGCCAAGAUCGUCCGCAAACAAGAAGAGAUGGAGCUCGAUGUGCCAACAGUGCCUACGGAAGAGCUCGAGACCGACCAAAUUCUUGUCUUCUGCGGUGCUGUGCUUCAUCGACCUCACCACGCUGUGCGUCAGCAGAUCUCAAAGGUGCACAGCGACAUCUACGUCUCGGCUCGCUUCCGCGGAUCGCCAGCGUAUGCCUACGGCUUGGCGCCGACGAACUUCAUCCUGGCUGUUAACGCUGUGCCUACGCCCGACGUCAAGUCGUUGAUUGGGGAGGUCAACAAGAUUCCAGACAACACAUACUUCCGAUUGAAGGUCAUGACCUUUGACAAUGUGCCUUGGGUGGCGACGAUGAAGAAGAAUGAGCACUACUUCCCAACUGUAGAGUUUGUCAAGGACUCCAGCCAACGCGAAGGAUGGAAGCGCGUCAUGUAUGAAGGUGGGAAGAAAAAGGUUGGCGAGGGCGAGUUGAUGCCUGAGGUUUUAGAUGAGGGUGGCGCUAGCGUUGAGGUCGAUGACGGUAUGGGUAAAGAGUAG